AUGUGCAUCAAACACUUCAUCGACUCCUACUGCACCUCCUGCGAUGAUCUCGUCCAAGGCCGCUCGACAGAGUACCCUUGCAGGCCAAAAUACAGAGGAGAGCGCAUUGGCCAAUGCGCGGGAGGCAUCGAAACCAAGACAGUUACGGAAGCCGUGUUGUGCCAGAACUGUGAGAAGAAACAGAGGAAGAUGGAGAAGAAGAAUAAGAAGGAGAAAGACAAGGCAAACGGAAAGGAGAAGGAGAAGGAGAAGAGGCAGAAACAUUCAGGUUGUGCUUCUGCUGCUGGUGAGAUGCCGAGUGGGAAGGAGGAGGAACAACCGCUUACCACUGAAUCAUGA